GAACGGACCGUUAGUAUCGUGACGGGUUUAGGUCGAUUUGCACGUACUGUAGUGCGCUUGUUGCGCCUUGCACGUGUAUCGGUUCGUCGAUUCCGGAGAUUUAUUCGCGGAGAGCUGAAGGAACUGAAUAUGGUCUUAUUCCAGGUGCAACGCGUUAGCGAAAGUUUUGCGAAAAGAGUGAGUGUUGUAGUGUUUUGCCUCGGUUAAUAGCUAGUUCGUUAGUGUCAGCUUCGGCUAGGCUUCCACCAUCGUUAAAACAUUGUUCAUUAAUUAUUCAAACAUAUCGGAAACAGAUCCCGGAUUGCACCACUCGAGCGGUUAAUGUUUAUUGUCGCGAAAAAACCGCCUCCUAGUUGCUGCACAAGAGCAAAAUUGAUGUCAUACCGAAGAAAGGUUAUGUAGUGAAUACCCACGAAAGUAUGUAGUGUUCAGCAAAAGAAGUAAUAUGUUUAUGUGGGCGGUCCGGUGCAAAUGUGGCACGGCGGAGAAGGCUGAAAUGGCAAACAAGAUAUAGUGUUCUUUUUUCGCUCCCAUCAACCCAGUCAGAAACCAAAACGACAGAGCCUGUGGGGAAGAAAAAGUAAACUGCUGUGAAUGAAAAAGAAUAAGCCAAGGGAAAAUCGAUGACGAAUGUUGUGAGAAAAAGCUUGCUAACUGGAUUGUGUGCGGCGUCAGUACAAAAAAAUGCUUCCCAGGCAGUACCGGAUGAUGUGCUACAAAAAUUGCUAGUGUCAAAUACAUACUUUUCUCUACUACAACAGUGUCACUCAAAUUCGUAAUCAUUCACUGCCAAUCAUUCUUGGAUUAUCCUUGUUGUUGGAAAAUUUGAAGUGUGAACAAAAUGCGUACUUUUGCCGUGGAAGCAGCAGCUUCGAGAAAGUGAAAAAUUUCGGUAAUCAAAUCGAACUAAUCGAUCCCACGUGGGGCCGAUUUAUUCGUGAGUAAACAACUGGAAGCAAAGAAGAAAAAAAACCUGCCGAAUCACAUCAUCUGCUGGCUGCUCCGCAGGGAAAUCAUCGGCAUCUCGCGUGCAGUCGAACAGGAACAGGGUAAAGCUGCGCCCCGACCAUCGAUCAGAUCUAAUCGAGGGUGCGGAGCGUAAUCGUGCAACAUUAAAUUCGGUGUGUUUAAUAUUUGAACAGAGAAAAAUUCGCGUUUGUCAGCACGAGAUUUGACAAACUGGUUCAGGUGCUUCCUUUCAGUGUAUUUAAGUGUGUUUACUUUGGUGAUAGAAUGUUAAACUAACUUAACAAAAGUGAAAAUGAUCACAGAAGAAGCCGACAAUUCGGCCGCAAACGAAAAUUAAAUAGACUUUCAAUUAAUGGCAGGAAGCAAUUUAGCAUCGUUAAUUGCCUUUGUUUUUGACAGCGCUGCGGGAAGUUAAGCGUUAUCUUUUUUACACAAUGUUGAAAAGGACACUUCAUGACUUUGCCAACCAAUUUGAAAGCAACUGUGAGUGGAUAUUAUUCACAACAAACAAUUGCUGAAUUAUUCCAAUGUGCAACGAAUAUAGCUUUCCUGGUAAUGGUAGCAAUCGCGCCCGUAUAAGUGCAUCGUCCUACAAAAAAUGCGCUGGUGUAUAUCGCAUUAGCAGAAUAAUCAAUCAUGCAAAAAGCAAGGCAGCUAUAUUCCUUCAACUCUAGACGGAUAGCCAGCCUAUCUGCCACAUAGCCCAUAACUCGCGGUGCAACAAACAAACCAGCCGUUGGCACUUCAAACCACAACAGUCGAGCCAGAACAGGACGCAGCGGAAUCCUGAGGCGGAACUCCGCGACCAGUUGCGCAUCUUCAUGUGGAAUACGGGACGUCGUCGUGUCCCUUUCGAUGUUGCUCACCAUGAUGAUGUAUCAAUGUUGCAUUAUUGCACUAAUGAUAACUCGUUCGAUACCGACGCAGCAGUCUUCAGCAUCGCCCUCGUCAGCCGACCUGUAUCCGCUUCCGUCGACAAUGCACGCAGAUGACAGGACCUCCGUGCAGCAGCAGCAGAAACAGCAGGAGCAGGCAAAUAACGACCGUCUGCUGGUGAAAAAUGAUGACCAUAAAAGUGGUGAUGUCAGCCUUAGUGGUGCUCUCGAUGUUGUUGGAAACAGUGGACAGGAGCGAAAAGAGUACAAGACUAACAAAGCAAGCAGUGUAGCUAGUAGCCGAAAUGCGUUGGACGACACUGCAAAAGAUGACUCGAUGAAACAUCGUACCCUACAAGGAGGUCCCAUGUCACCUUCGCACCGUGACAGCGAUAAUCCGUGGCACACAACGGAUUCGGAAAUGAGUGCAAAUCCAUCAACAACACAACGAAGCCUCACGGCAACGGGCCAAGACGAAAGCGGAAACACCGGACGGAUGAUGUCGAGAGCAUCGACGGUGCCAAGCUCAGUUGGCAAUGGCGGUGGCAACAUCAGCUUGUCACUCGUCGGAAGCACGAUGCUACUGUUGCCCUCGAGCGUACCAGCUAUGCCUGGAUCCCAACCGCAGCUUCCACAGCUCCCACAACAACAACAACAGCGACAUCGAACGAUCAACUCGAUGAACCUUAAUCCAACUACGCCGGCGAUGGUGGUGAAACCGGUGAACGAACACCGGAAGCUGCUGAAAAGCACCGGCCCGAUACUGAACUACGUCUUCGAUUCGCAUCCACCGUACUACAAGUCCACCUACUAUAACACGCGGUACGGGCCGCAUUUUGAAACGGACAACGUAACCAACAUCACCGUUCAGAACGGGGAUGAUUUAUUUCUAAGCUGUAGGAUUAGUUUGCUGCAGGACAAAACGGUGUCCUGGGUUCGGCGGAAGCACGGCGAAACGGAUCUGCAGCUGCUGACCGUGGGGAAGCAGACCUAUUCGGGUGAUCCGCGGUACACGAUCGAGUUCCAAUACCCGAACAACUGGCGGCUGAAAAUUGCUGCCGCUAGCAAGAGUGACGAGGGCGUCUACGAGUGCCAGAUAUCGACGCAUCCGCCCAAAGUGAUAAUCUACUAUCUGCAUGUUAAUGCACCGGAAAUCCUGAUCGUCGACGAGGAGGGCGAACCGCUCUACGAUAAAUACUACGAGGUGGGGUCGACAAUAAAACUGAUGUGCCGAGUGCGUCACAUGUCGAUGCUGCGAUCCGCCGUUUAUUGGAUCCACAACGAUAACAUCUUGAACCACGAUGUGCAACGGGGUGGCAUCAGCGUCAAGACGAACCUCACCAACAUCGGUGCCAACUCGACUCUGUUCGUGGCCAAAGUGAACAAACAGGACUCGGGCAGCUACACGUGUUCGAUUGGACCAAAUCAGCACUACAGCGUCUCCGUACACGUUCUAAAUGGCACAGCCAAUCCGUACGGAAUUUAUCAGCGAUCGUGUGCCUUCUCUGCACUGCUGGAAGCAGUCGACGUAAAAUUUAUCCUGCAGCAGCUCCUCCUUCUCCUGGUGGCAAAGCACCUGCUGGACAGAUAGCAGCAUCAUCAUCCACUGGCGCUGCUGGUUGUUGUCUUCGGUAGCCUGGCCGUCAUCAGCAGGAUCUAGGAAAAACGGACCGGUGUCCGUUCCGCUGUGUUUAUGCUGAAACGAUAAUUUGUACAGAAGCAAGCGUGAAACACGUUCCGAUUUGCGCUCCAACAAACCGAAGGUUACGAGAUGACCCAAACGCGUGUACACUAAUGCAUAGCUAAGAGUAAAAUAGUAUCUAAUUAACAAAUUGAAUCGAAGAAAUCACCAGGAACUGCUUCUUUGAUAGGUCACAGCGAUUCGUCCGCAGAGAAGAAGAAAACACAUGUUCCACGUUAAAACACACAAAAUAUCCCCAUUGAGCAGUCUGCGGUUCAGAACUGAUGGACAGUGGCUAGGAAAAUAUUUUUAACAUAAAAAUAUUCUGUUAAGAACUCUGUUUCUAAAUAAGUUAUUUUUAUAUACAGUUGUGCGAGAUUGCAGUUAGGAAUGAAUAUGUUUCAUAAGAUAUUUUUGUAAAAUAAGUAAGUAAAAUCGACGAAAUACUUAGAUGAGAUGAAUGUAUAUUUUUCGUUUUAAAAAAAAAACUCGCGUUUGACAUGUAAAAAUAAGGAGAGAGAUGAUUUAGAAAACGAACCAGAAAACCUAUCGUAUAAUUAAACUAUUGGAUAGAGAAUGUAUUGUAUCUCCUAGAAUAUUCUAUAGAGUAUAUGACUAUUUCCAAUAAAUCAAGUUGAAAGAAAAUAAAACACGAAUGAGCAUCCUGUAACAUAACGAACCUAUCAAAAUACAACGUAUUUUGGAGUAAUACACGAACCAAGUUCAAUUUAUA